AUGUCAAAGCGAGGUGAACUUACCUUCGAGAAGGAGAUUUGUAUUGGUUUUUGUUGUAGUCAAUGGUGGAGUGAAAAUGAAAAGAAAACCAGAGGCUUGACAAGCUGUGGUGUUGUUGAGUCUGUUCAAAAUGAUGAACAAGUUGAAAUGUCGUUGUUUCUAUAUUGCAGGGUUACGGUUUUGGUUGUGUAUCAGGGGUUUACUCAAGAAGAAGAAUGCAAGUGUGAGAUACAUUUUGAUGUUGCAGAGUCGAGCUUACAGCAAGUCGGCCCUUUGCUGCUGCUGUUUAGCAGUUCUGCUGCUUUGCUUGUUUUGCUUGCUGUUGGACAAUUUUUGUUUGAUGCAAGUCUGCCCUUUGCUGCUGCUAUUAAGCAAUUCUGCUGCAUUUCUUGUUUUGAUUGCAGCUUAUAG